GGUCUCCUCUCCCGGACUUGCAGGAGCAGUUCAGCCCUCCCGAGAUUGCGCCGCCACUGCUGGUGAAGCUGGUGGAAGCUAUUGAGAAGAAAGGGUUAGACAGCGAGAUGUUGUACAGGACAUCUGGCUCCGAACUGAGGCAAGCGCUGAGAACCGAUUGGACCCUGGGCGACCUGGAGCCCUUCGACGUGCACUCCCUGGGCGAGGCGCCGCCGGUGUCAGCGCACGGAGACAUCCUUCGCGUCCUGCAGGAGAUCCCCCAGCCGGAGAAUUGCCGGAAGCAGCUGCUGCUGGCCCUGGAGUCGCCUGCGGUCCCGCUCCAGAACACGCUUACCCUGCAGUUCCUGCUCCGGCAUCUGGGGAAGGUAUCGCAGCAGGCCGAGAGCAACAGCCUCCACCCUCGGGCCCUGGGAGAGAUCUUCGGCCCCCUUCUCCUGCGGCUGCCUGGCGCCAGCCCAGAGCUGAGCCCUGACUUCUCCGUGCUGUUUCUGGAGAUACUUCUGCAGAUGAAGGAGUUGGAGCCGGAACAGUUGCCUCCAGCCUUGCCUCCAAAACCGCCUAAGCCAAAGCCCAGUGCAGCCAGCCUGGCCAACGGGAACAGCGUGCCCUUGCAGGAUGCCGAGUGGUACUGGGGUGACAUUUCCCGGGAGGAGGUGAACGAGAAGCUACGGGAUACGCCGGAUGGUACCUUCUUGGUGCGCGAUGCCUCCAGCAAGAUCCAGGGGGAGUACACGCUCACGCUCAGGAAGGGAGGCAAUAACAAGCUGAUCAAGAUCUUUCACCGGGAAGGGAAGUAUGGCUUCUCAGAGCCUCUGACUUUCGGCUCGGUGGUGGAACUCAUCACCCAUUACCGGCACGAGUCGCUUGCCCAGUACAAUGCCAAGCUGGACACCAGGCUGCUCUACCCCAUCUCCAAGUACCAACAGGACCAAGUGGUGAAAGAGGACAGCGUGGAAGCCGUUGGGGAGCAGCUGAAGGUCUAUCACCAGCAGUACCAGGACAAGAGCUGGGAGUACGACCUGCUGUAUGAGGAGUACACGCGCACUUCCCAGGAGCUGCAGAUGAAGAGGACAGCAAUCGAGGCCUUCAACGAGACGAUCAAGAUCUUUGAGGAGCAGUGUCAGACGCAGGAGAAAUGCAGCAAGGAGUACAUCGAGCGCUUCCGCCGGGAGGGCAACGAGAAGGAGGUGCAACGGAUCCUUAUGAACUCGGAGAAGCUCAAGUCUCGCAUCACGGAGAUCCACCUGCGCAAACUGCGGGCUCAGUAUUGGGUGUGGCUGACGCAGAAGGGGUACUCCAUGAUGGAUGACGAGGAGGAGCUGCCCCACCACGAGGAGCGGACGUGGUACGUGGGGAAGAUCAACCGCUUGCAGGCAGAAGAGAUGCUGUGCGGCAAGCGGGACGGCACCUUCCUGAUCCGCGAGAGCAGCCAGAAGGGAUGCUACGCCUGCUCCGUGGUGGUGGACGGUGACACCAAGCACUGCGUGAUCUACAAAACGGCGACCGGCUACGGGUUCGCUGAACCCUACAACCUCUACGCCUCCCUCAAGGACCUGGUCUUGCACUACAAGCACACAUCCCUGGUGCAGCACAAUGACUCCCUGAAUGUCACGCUGGCUCACCCGGUCCUUUCCCAGCCACCAGCCAGAUGAGCAGCCCGUGCACAACACAACAGCUGCCUUCAGCUUCUCCCCAGGGCGCUGCUUUCUGGCUCUGGACUCUUGCACCCUGUAUAGUUGAGUCUCUGUGCUCCUGCCCCUCCAGAGCCUCUGAGAUGUCUGUGACCGUACCUGGUGUCCCUUUUGGUCAGUAACUGAAACCCAUGUUGGCUGAUGGGACAAAAAGGCUGGGCUGUUGACUCCCAGUGGGCCCCAGUCUCUAGGAGGUGGGAUCCAGUUGUGAUUGAAUUGCUGUGGGUGAGCACAGCCCCCUCCCCUUCCCCGAUAAGCAGGUCAGAUCCCCUUCUUGCUGGCAGGUUGCCCCGCUACGCAUCACUUUAGAGCUAGGUUCCCAAUUCCUCGGUGCGCUACGGCGUCGGUCACCGCCCCAGCCGAGCAGCCGCAAGCACUGCUCUGAGCGAGGGGCUCCCUGCCCAGAUGCCGGAGGAGGCAGAGGAGGAGGCUCUGCUGAGCGGUUGAGCAUGUGCAUCCUCCACUCUCGCUUCCCUCGGUGAUCUUGCAGGCUGCCAUGGCGUCUGGUACGAGGGGUGCUGCUCUUCCGUGCAGAGACUCAUUUAAAAAG